CAUGUGAUUUUGUUUAAAAGUGAAGCAGAUCACGAGACCCCGAAAUGUCGUAAUGACCGUUAUGAACGAACAACCAAUGAUAUUUAAAUUUCCGCAAAUAUGGAAGGGUUGGCCUCAGCAGCUAAAUAAAGCGAACACUGACAAGAUGGCUCCAGGAGAGAUCAAAGCAAUGACGAAACGUUGUCUUCUGUCAACAGUUUUCAACGACAAGCGGAAAGUGUCGGUUCUCUCCACAAAUUCGUCGCCAGGUGUCUCCACCGUCACUCGUCGUGUAAAAGGUGGCGUUCAACACAUUGAGAUUCCGAACUCCGUGUUGAACUACAACAACCACAUGUUUGGCGUUGACCUGGCUGACCAGCUUCACUCCUACUAUGCAGUGGGAAGAUCUGGGGUGAAGUGGUUGAGAUACGUUCUCUGGUUUGUGGUAACACCAGAGACCCCCUAUGGCUGUUCAAUUUGCAAGGUCCACUUGCACAAGGGACUGUGUUUUGCUAGUUUCCACAAGGAGCUGGCAAGUGCACAGUAA